AUGGCGCGAACAGGCCUGGUGGCCGUCCUCAUCAUCGCCAUCCUGGCGACUUUCGCUAGCGCAACCGUCCAAUCCUUCUGCAAAUGCACCUGUUUCCAAAACAGCACCAUCAUCGCCCUCGGUCCCCAACACGACAACGGCGAACCCGCCUCACCACCACCACCCGCCAAAUCCUCCCUCUCCUCCCUCUCCUCCUCCUCAUCCACCCUGACCAGCACCUCCUCCUCCCGCCACGAACCCAACCCCGACCCCGACCCCGACACCCAACAAUCCCAAUCCCCCCUCCCCCCUCAACCCCUCCUCAUCCCCCGCGAAGCCUCCACCUCCUGCAAACAAUGCAACCGCGCCUUCUGCCUCAAAUACAACCUGCCCAUCUGCAAAGACGCCGAAGAUAAAGACAUCAAAACGACUUGUUUCCAGCGUGACUCGCCCAAAGACCGCUUCAUUGUUUGGGGGUUUCUGCUGGGUACCGCGGGCCUGCUCGGCUGGGCGGCGCUCCGGAGAGUGGUGGAUGCUGCGCGGUUGAGGCGGGAGAGGGAGAGGGGGAGGCAGGGCUUAGGAGGGAACGGGAUGGUUGCGGGGGCCGGGACGGGGGGUUCCUCUAGGGAAUACGCAUGA